AUGACUGACCUCAGCCAAGUAGCAGUGUACUCAGACUCCACAGACAUUUAUAAGGUGAGUGAAUCUAAUGAUGCUGAUAAUGAUGGGGUUUGAGAAACAGUGACAGAGCUAUUUCUUAUAUUUCAGUAUUUUCCUCUUUAACUGGGCCUUAUUUAGGGUUUGUGAUAGUCCUAAACUUCCGCUGUGAAGCUGGCUAACAUAUUCAACACCAUUUCCAACAGAAAUUUGGAUGCUGUCUACAAUGUUGAUUAUAAACAGAAUUUGAUGGUUUAUAGAUCAUUUACAGCCCAUAUUAAUAUUGAAAAUGUGCAAAGAUGACAUCUCCAACUAAUAAGGUGAAUUUCCAACAGGUUAGUAACAUGACUGGGUAUAAAAGGACAUUCAGAGAUGCUGAGUCUGUUAGAAGGAAAGAUGGGAAGAAGUUUAUCCCUCUGUGAGAGACUGUGUGAGCUAAUAGUUCAACAGUUUCAGAAUAAUGUUCCCCUGAGUGGAUUUCAUCAUCUACAGAACAUAAUAUCAUUAAAAGAUUCAGAGAAUUUGGAGAAAUCUCUGUACAUACAGAACACAGUUUAUCACUGCAUCCACAGAUGAGGUUCAAACUGAACCAUGCAAAGAGGAAAACAGAUAUAAACAUGAUCCAGAAACACCAGAGACUUCUCUGGACCUGAGCCCAUUAAAGAUGGACUAGGUGGAAGAGGACAACUGUCCUGAAAAAAUAAAGCUUGACCAUUUUUUUGGAAGUCACCCUGCAUCCUCCUCCUCCUCUUUAAAGAGUACAGGAACCACUUAGCAUGUUCUCAGCUCCCAGUCCAAAUCCAGCAUCCCACAAUAUCAACAAUAUCUAAACAAUAUCUACAGGUUUAGGAGCAACAUCUGCUGACAUCCAGACAAAGACUUUUUCAGAGAAGACCUUCAUAUUUCAGACAAUGACAAACCACAUUCUGACGACAGGUAUUACAACAGCAUGGCUCUGUAGUAGAAGAGUCCUGCUGAUAAACUGACCUGUCUGAAGUCCUGACUGAAAACAUUUGAAGCACCAUGACAUAAAAGAUGCAGCUAAAAUCCACAAUCAGGCAAAAAUAGGACUCCAGAAACUGGUCUCCUUGGUUCAGAAACAUUAACAGAGAGAAUAUGUUUUCUCAUUAUUACACUUAUACAAAUGCACCAAUGUCACAGAUACAAAAAAAAUGACAGGUUAAUUUUGUGUAGCAGAUACUUGUUGAAGAGUUGUUUAAGACAAAGUAUAGAGCUGAGAGAGUAAGGAGAAAAUUCAUAUAACCUAGGAAGAAAAAAAUGACUCCAAAACAAAAGGAAAGAAACAGUUUUGUCUAAAUGUGCAAGUAAGACAUUUUUUGCUCAAAGGUUAGCUUUCAGUGAACUCAGAAGACACUGUUGAAUAAGCCUGUUUGGAUCUCAAGCAAACAGAUGCAACAUGAUUAUGAAAAAAAGGUAGAGUCUAUCAAUCAGAAGUUACAGUCGAAUAUUUGACUAAAACUACAUUUUUCUUCAGUUUCGUGUCUGUGUUUCUGUUCCUCUUUCUGCAGAAUGUGUUUUGUAAUCCUGCCUUUGAGCUGGAGGGAGAGAGAGAGGAAAGGGUGGAGGGUUUCAGGACAUCAUCGUCCACCCCUGAACCAAUCAAACCUCCCACACCGAGUGAGUCAGCCAAUCAGGGCACUGCUUAGCACUGACCUCUGCUAACAUGUGCUCUAGUUGUUUUUCUUCUGUCUGGCAUUUAUUUAUCUGUAUACCCUGUAUAAAAGAAUGAGACAAACAUUUAUCAUUUGUUACAAGUGGAUAAAAUCGACUUAGAAGUUAAAAUGAACAGGAAUGCACCUUUAGAUUUAGUGACAGGAUUAUAAGGAGGAAGUGGCAAAAAAUACCCUUAAAGUUCCUGUAGGGAACUUUCGGUUUGUAUCAGUUUUGGUGCCCCCUGUAGACAUAUCAGCCCUCUACAUGCAGUUUCAUUUGACAAACAAAUUUGUUAAUCUGACUUGGUUAUCAUUUCAUCUUUAAUUGUGCACAUUUUAUUUGAAAUAUAAAAUAACAGGACUUAGUUUUGUCUUCAAUGGUCUUGUUUGUUUCUGUAAAACAUAAAAAGGCAUCAAUAUGAAUUUGAGUCAUUUCAUUAAUGUCAAAACUCCUCACAGGAGCUUUAUGGGUUAUUGAGUGGCCCACAUUUAAAUGAACAUUAGUUUUUCAUCAUAUUCAGAGGACCUCACAUCAAGGGUGUCACACAAAUACUAAACAAAAUGGAGGACACAGACUCAGCUGAGGUAUUUUGUGAAUUCAGGCCUUGGUUGGGGUCUGUUUGGUGUCUGUGCGAUGCGUCUGCGGGGCCCGGAUGGUGGAUGGGGGGUGGUGGUAAUCUCUGCUGCUGCCCUGCUCCUGUUAACUGCUGUUGGGCUGGCGCUGGCCCUCAUCCUCACACGUAAGUCAUCGAAGCAUCUAAGGUUGAGCUUUUCCUUCUCAUACUUGCUUCUCUCUGGAUUCUUAAACUGUGUCAUGUGUCUUUGUGAAUUGAGAGAUAAAAAGCCAGGAAGUGGAGGAUCAGCCGCCGUCCACCAGUCCUCCAGAUCUGCUGAGCGUGGGGGGUGGAGCGACUCUGACUUCACCCACAGUCACUGCCAACAGAAGUCAGCAGGACACCACACCUGCACCACAACCUGCAAAAAUCCCACCACCAGACACGGGUAUGAGAUUCAUGCAAAAUAUAAUCUAUCAAGUGAAAUGUGCAUACUUAAAGUUUCAUGUUCUCUGCAGACCCUUCAGUCAACUUUGGGUCAAACCAGGUCUUUCUCUCUGUCUCAGGCUGUGGAGGAGUCUUGGCUGACUCUGAGGGAAGUUUCAAUUCUCCAAACCAUCCCGGCUCGUACCCUCCAAACUUGCUGUGCGUUUGGGUGAUCAGUGUCCCACCCCCUUCGCUGGUCCAGAUCCACAUUACCUCUCUGACCAUAGAAGGGCCUUCCCCCUGUCUGUUUGACUGGUUGGCGGUGCAGGAGCAGAAGGAGCAAAGUUCAGUGGUGACCAGGUGGGUCAGGACUCUGGAUUUAACUGCCUCUUCGUCUCAUGAUUGAAAAUGAAGGUGCAAACACGCCAGAGAACCUUUCAGCCUAUCUCACCAAUACUUCAUGAUGUCUUAUGGUACAUGUUGUUUCCUUAAAUUGCCACUAGAUGUCACUGAACCUCUGUGCAUGAUCGGAGAGUGCUUUUGGGGUUGAGAGGCCUCUUGAAAUAUUUCCGACCAUGUGAACACUCAGAUUCUUUGACCCUGCAUUCUUGUAAAGUUUUGUAACAUGAUUCAUGGUAUUAAAAAUGUAACUUGCUCACAGAUCCUCUGAAGAAUUUGCAGUACAAAAGUCGGACUCUAAAGGUGUGACAUGGAGAGAAAAACAGAUUAUGUGAAUAAAAGCUUCAGAUAAUUUGAAGGUCUCUUAUCGUCUUCUGCAGGUUUUGCGGUAAUGUAGCACCACCGACAGUCAACACAAACAGCAGCACAGUGUGGGUCACCUUUCGCUCGGAUGGCAGCAUUUCAGGCAGCGGCUUCACUGCACAAUACAAGGCCAUACUGCCAGGACACAGUCAGUAGUGUUCAAGUUUGUGCAUCUGCACUUACACUUACUCUCUGUUGUUUGAACUGACAUGCAUCUGUGAAUGCAUCUACUGUGUGAUUUCUCAGAGAGCUGCUCCAGAGAGGAGUUCAUGUGUGACGGCGGUCGCUGUCUGCUUCCAAUAUCUGUGUGUGACAGUCAUCCAAACUGUCAGGACCAAACAGACGAGGCAAACUGCAGCCAUAAACACAAAGGUAAGAGUUUGGUAUGAUAAAGGCAACAACAUGCUUUUACAGGCUGUGAAAAAAGUGCAGAUUGUUUUCCUGAUUUCUCCAGAAUGUGGUGGCCAGAAGACCGGACCACAUGGGUACCUGUCAAGUCCAAACCACCCCAAGCCAUACCCUCACCAGCAGGUACACAUUACACUGCCAAACACACUCCAAACACUCUUCAUCAGGCCUGUGAAGUGUGUGUGUUUUCUCUUACUUCCUGUCUGUUUGAUUCCCACCAGUUUUGCACAUGGUCUGUAUCUGUGGAGGAGGGCCACGUAAUUACACUCAGCUUCAAGAACUUCAGCCUGGAGACUCAGGAUGUGUGUGAGUUUGAUUACGUGGAGGUGCACGAUAGCACUGAUCCUGGAGCUGGAAGAGUGCUUGGAAGGUGAGGCCCUCCACAGGUGACAGUGUGCAUUCAUGAAGGGUUAAAGACUAAAAUUGUAGAGAUCUUAUUUAUUGAGGAUCCUUUUUUGUUCGUCUUUAUGUGAGUUAUAUCACCUCGAUGUUCUGGAGCAGCUUUUGUUGGUGUGUCCCUGUCUCAGGUUUUGUGGGACCACCCUCCCUCCUGAUCUGACGUCCUCUGGCCCCCACAUGACAGUGGUAUUUGUGGCUGAUGAAGGCGUGGCUGACAGCGGCUUCAACGCAACAUACCAGGCUGUGUCUGUGCAGGACAGUGAGUCCAAGCUCAUUUAAGGAUAAUUCUUUGAAACCUGCUUGUUGUUUCCUUUAAAUUUUAUUCAUCUUUAUCUCCAUAGUUCCUCCAAUCCUCUCCUUUAUCCUUUCAACCUCACUUUAAUUCAAAGAGGUGGCAAAAAAUGAUCUUAGAAAAGAUGCUUACCCGACUCCUUUUCUGAAAUCUGUCUUUUUGAUUAUUAAACUCUGGUGAUGAUAUAAAGCUUUAGCAGAGUCCAGCACUUUGACAGACAGAGGAUGCUAUUGUAAUUCCCCUCUAGCUUCCCCCCUUUCUCCUCUGAGCUGCAAUGACAGCAAUGGGACUCUACUUGACAUGGUGGGUCCAGAACUUCUAAGGGCUGAGACACAAGGCAGGUGCUCCUAACUGACAAAUAGUGGGUUCACCUUAGGGCUGAAAACAACACGGGGGGAGGAACAGGCCAAAAAGUGCAGAGAACAUCUGCAGCUACAACAGUAUAGAUGGAGGAAAACCUCAAAAAUCAUCAACACAUAUACCUGAUGGCUUUUCUUCUACACCAGUUGCAUCAUGUUUUUCUCUCUAACCCUUGCUUUUGUGCUGCGUCUUUGUGAACAGGAACAUGUGGUCCCAGCCAGUUCGCUUGCAGUACCGGGGAGUGUCUCCAGCAGCAGUGGUUAUGUGAUGGAUGGAACGAUUGUCCCGAUGGUGCAGAUGAACAAAGCUGUGGCAACUCCACCUACCCCACCUUUGGUGAGGCCCAGUUAUCUCUGACCUGGAUCAGUGUUCCACCCAAAGUUACAGACACUGUAGUUUUUGUUCAUGGAGUGUAUAAACUUGACUCUCAGACGUAGACAACUGGGGAGACUUACACUGGAAUAGUUAAGGAGAAAAUGACAUUCAUGGUGCACAGGCAGGAGUCACAGAGUUUGUGUGAUGAAACAAUUUGAAUUUAAAACUGAUAGUUUCCUUUAAGCUCUGAAAUCCAGAAGGGAAAUUUAAAAAGUAAAAUCAAAUUCUCUUUUCUCAUCUUUAGUUUCUUCAUGCGAGUCUAUUGAGGUGGAGAUGUGCCAAGGCCUCAGCUACAACCUCACGUCAUUCCCAAACAUCUGGCUAUCCAUUGCUGAUCAGAGAGAAGCUGCAACACUCCUGCAACCAUACAGAGUAAACCCAUCCUUCAUAUCUUACUGCUGCUGCUGAUUUCCUCUCAAUGCUAUAACUUUGACCCUCUGUUUAUUACUCACAGUGCAUAAACUUAAAGCUUCAUGCCACUUGUCUAUUCUGUGAAAUUCAAUCGUGUGUUCUGGUUCAGGUGUUGAUGGCGCUGGCGUGCUUUGAGCCACUGCAGAGGCUCGUGUGUGGGAUGUUUCUGCCCCAGUGCAGCCCUCAAGGCGGCGUCUUGCAGCCAUGCCGCUCGGUCUGCUCGGCAGCUCAGCAGCAGUGCAGCCAUACCCUGGAUCUUUUCUCCUUUACCUGGCCCUUCAAUUGCCACCUCCUGCUGGACUCACAGGACCCCAUGGAGUGCUCACUGCCUUGAUACUCCCAGAUGAUUGUCUACACUCUGGUUUACUUUUUAUUCAUACCAGAUUUGCAGAACAAGGACCAAAGGGGUUGCAUUUUGCAGAACUGGGCCCAGCAGAUUGACAAAAUUCAGGACUUGCUGUGGUGAAAGCAGAUUAUUUUAAGCACCUCAGCCUUUAAGACUUGCAGCGAACACUUUAAAAUUGUGCAACAGAAGUAAUUCUUCACAGUCUGGACUGUACAUACAUA